AUGGCAAAACUCACAAUUAUGGUCAAUCCAAUUUGGUCAAAUGUUUUCAUGGGCAAGGGAUUUUUGAAACUUUUAGAGGUAGUGGAAGUUGGAUGCGAGUGGGGAAUGGGGAAAAGAAUCUAUAAAAUAGAGGAGUUGGCGUAUGGUGGGAUGCAGAGGAGCAGAGCCAAACCCUCACCCGUCUCUCACUGCUCUGUCACUCCCUCAUAG